AUGGCCAAGUCACUGUUGACUCUGUUCAUCACAAACCCAUUGCUUUAUCUUUUCUCGACAUUCUAUGUCAUCUUUCAAAAUCUGAUUGCGUGGGUCUUCGGUCCCUCAAGGUUCCCGAAGACUUUUGACAAAGGCCUGCCAAAGAAGAGGAUCGCUAUCAUCGGUGCUGGCUUGACGGGUGUCUCAUCAGCGGCGCAUUGCGUUAGCCAUGGCUUCGAGGUACAAAUAUUCGAGGCACGCGGGAAAGAGAAUGGACUAGGAGGUAUUUGGAGUCGCGUCAACUCCACAUCCGCGUUGCAGAUCCACAGCAUCAUGUAUCGGUUCCACCCAACCGUGCGAUACAAACAUGCAUAUCCCACGCAGCAAGAAAUCCGCGACCAGAUCGUCGAGCUGUGGAAACGGUACAGCUUAGAGGAGCAUACUGAAUUUGGAACACCAGUCACGUCCAUUAAGAAGGCAAAGUCGUCUGGCAAGUGGGUUAUCAAUGACCACCCUGAGAAAUACGGGAGCUUUGACGGCGUUAUCACAGCCGUUGGCGUUUGUGGAGAUCCCAAGAUACCCUCCUUGCCUGAUCAAAAUCAAUUCAAAGGUACUAUUUGCCACUCAUCCGAUCUCGACGGUAAAGACAUCAAAGGGAAGAGAGCUCUCAUCAUUGGAGGUGGUGCUAGCGCUAUUGAAGCAUUGGAAUUCGCAGUCCACUCUGGGGCCUCCGAGAUUGAUGUUCUUUCGCGAUCAGAUAAAUGGGUUAUUCCACGGAAUAUCCUAGUACAGUCCUUGCUGGCCUGCAAUAUCUGGGGAGAAGAGACAUCUCUUGCAUGGGUGCCUGAGUGGCUUCUUCACAAAUUCUUCUAUCGUGACCUACAGGACAUUGCACCUGAGAGCGGCCUCUUCACCACUACACCUAUGGCAAAUUCUGAUCUCUUCAACCUCAUUCGCGAGGGUAAAGCACGUUGGCUACGCGGGGAUAUCUUGUCAGUCAAAGAAGACGGUAUUCUUUUCAACCACCGGUCAAAAGAGGUACCCAAGGGAGGAUCUGGUCGCGAAAAGGUCGUUCCGGGCGAUAUCAUUAUUAUGGCUACUGGCUUCAAACGACCUUCACUGUCGUUCCUUCCCAACGAUGCCUUUGAGGAGGAUUACUCCCCUCCUGACUGGUAUCUCCAAGUCUUCCCGCCUAAACACCUCAGCAUCUGCGCCAACAACAGUACCUACGUCAACGCUAUCGGAACAGUUGGAAAUAUCCAUAUCGGAGUUUAUACGCGGUUCUUACUCAUGUUCUUGACUGAUCCGCUCACACAGCCUACAGAGGGCCGGAUGAAGACCUGGAUCAACUUCACGCGCUGGAUGAAGCAGGGAGCACCGCCAGGAGCUUUCGAUUUCUUUACAUACACGGAGUUGCUAUACUGGUUUGUGUUCCUUGUUUUGGUCAAUCCGUUCCGCUGGAAGUGGGCGCUUUUCAUCCUAUUCGGCGUGGGGCGAACGCUUCCAUUGGAGGUUGUUAGAGAAGAAGGGGCUUUUCGCAAGAAGCUGGAGAAGCAACAUCAUUGA